AUGCUAGGUAGAUGCAAGCAUAUCUUCUGUUACGAUUGCAUCAAGAAGUGGUCUGAAGCUAAACGAACCUGUCCUCUUGACCGUACACCAUUUGACUCAAUCAAUAUACUACACGAAAUUGGUGGUGCAAUUGUGGAAGAGGAAAAGCUAGAACCACGAAGGUUGAUUCAACACAAUGGUCCGUACAGUGACGACGAUGACAGCUUGUUUCUUUUGGUUUCACCUCAAUUUGGGGAACUUAUUCGUUCAGGGAUGUAUUUACAUGUCAUUCAAGCAAUGCGCCGAGGAAGACCUUGA